AUGGGAUUGGGAGCUCCACGGACCAAGCAGCGGUUUGGGUUGGACCCCAGAAACACAAACUGGUCGAACGACGUGUCGCGGUUUGGACACAGGCAUCUGGAGAAGUACGGCUGGAAACCUGGCCAGGGACUCGGGCUGACCAACAAUGCAACCACCUCGCAUAUCAAGGUGGUAAUCAAGCAGGACAACACUGGGCUGGGUGCGUCGCUCGCGCGCAAGUCGGCGAAAAAGGACGAGUUUGACAGUGGCGAGUGCAUGGGGCUGGACGUUUUCCAGCGGCUUCUGGGGCGGCUGAACGGCAAGGAGGCCGAGGUGAACGAGCAGAUGGACGAGUUGCAGCGGAACCGGAUCAUCAACGGGCGGUGGGGGAUCAACUUUGUGCGCGGGGACGUGCUGAAGAGCACGUGGGAUGCGAAGGAGGGGAGAAUGAGGGACGGAAGGAAGGAGAAGAAGGAGAAGAAGGAGAAGAAGGAGAAGAAAAAUAAAAAGCACAAGGAGAAAAAGCACAAAGACAGCGAGAAAUCGCGGAAGCGCAAGAGAGAGGACGCGGAGGUUACGCGCGAGUCGAUGCUUGUGCCGCGCGACCGCAGCGAGACGCCGCCGGUGACGAGCGGCCGCAUGGCGCUCCGACAAAAGUGGAUCCAGCAGAAGCGGCUUGCUGUGGCGGACAGCAAGGCGUUGCAGGAGAUCUUCAUGGUGAAAUAG